UCUAUUGUUCUCUCUUAAAGCCUAUUUGUUGAGGGUAUUUAAAGUGCGAGUUGAUCCAGUCGAACUUUUAUUCUAUUUAUAUUUAAGAGAGCCGCAAAGAGAAUAAAUAAUUGAUAAAAUGUCACAAUGUCAGGGCUGAUAAGAACUUCUGUUCUCUUGGCGUCCAAUCGUUUGUUUAACUAUAUCUGAUAAGGGCCAAUAUGGAAUGUUCCGAAAUGAGUCGUGUUUAUUAGGCGGCCGGCGAGCAUGCAGUCAUAGCUGGAGCGCGUAGCUGUCUGGAGUACAGAAGAUAUCAAACUUGUUAAUCGGGUAGUGAAAGUUAAUUUGAGACCCAGUCGAAAAUUUAAAUAUUUGUUUAGCAAGCAAACUUUCGAUUUCAACAUAACGUUUGCAUUCGAACUUUGUGCGCGACGCGUGCUACGUUUCUUAAUCUUAUCAAUUGCGCGAUAAUCGUAAUAAUUGAUUUUAAUAUUAAAUCGAAACACCUAUCUAACACGCAUACAUACAAAUUAUGGCCGUGCAGAGCAAACUGAUCGAUGGAGCCAUCAAAUGCAGCUGCCAGGAGUAUAUCCACCCGUGGACCGCUAGCUGCGUCAACGGCGCAGCCGGGAUUCUUUUAUCCAGCGCACCCAGCUCAAUGCGCACCUACUGCAUUGUCUAUCUACUUGCACUAGUGAUGAAAAUGCGUAUACCCCGUUUAUUGGACAUUAAGCACACAAUUAUUGGCAUUUUGACAUCGUCGGCCUUUCUCACUACCAAUGCGUAUCUCUUCUCGCUGAUGGUGUGCGUAGUGCGUCGCCUAGUGGGCGGGUUCCACCUGAGCACUGUGGCGCUUAUACCUACGUUCAUUGCCAGUUUUGCGGCGCUCUGCAUUGAGCGACCGGCACGCCGUACUCCACUGGCACUAUACGUGGCCAACGAGGGCACCGAAGCGCUCUGGAAUAUGUUAGAAGCUCACGGCCUCGUCCGUUCCAUACCCAAUGGACAGGUCUUAAUACUGGGCUGCAGCCUGACAGCCUUGCUCUAUAUGUACCGCCGAGGCGUGCACAAGAGCAAAGUGAAAGAUGUCACGUUCAAGGCUCUCGCAGUACUCAUGGCAAAAGGGGAGGAGGGUCCAAUGAAGGCAACAGAGGUGCCAUCAAAACAAGUCUCGAGCCGGCCUCCGCUCAACCUCCGCAGCUUAUCCGCCUAUGUGCAGCUCUAUGAUCGUCUACGCAAUAGAAAGCAUCCCAGCUGUCCACACCGGGAGGGUUGCGGCACCUACGUGCUGCUCGGCGGCCUGAAGCCGCUGCUGGGCGGGGUUGGACUCCAAGUGGGGCUGAAGCUGCUGCUGAACAUAGGCCGGAUAGUCAAGCUGAAAAUGGACUGGCGCAAACAGAUCUUCACCAGAAACUCUUUACAACUUGGCCUAGCCUUGGGCAGCUUCUCCCUAAUAUUUAAGGCAGUUUCGUGUGUCCUGCGCAACGCUUGUGGCUAUGACGCCGCCUACUUUGCCAUUCCCGCCGGCCUAUUGGGCUCGAUUGGACUGCUGCAGUACCCCAACAUCACGAUCUCGCUGUAUGUGAUGUGGAAAGCACUGCAGAUGCUCUAUAACUGGGGCAGCGAGGAGAAUGUACUGCCGAAGGUACCCCACUUCAAUAUGGUGUUAUAUGCCAGCUUCACAGCUGUGCUCUUCCACUGCGCCAUUCUGGAGGCAAGCUCGAUACGGAACAGCUACUAUAAAUUUCUCGUGAAUAUUUCGGGCAGAAGAAUAAAUCUGUUUGAUAGACGCCCUUUCCAGUCGUUGGGACUGAAAAGCCACGAUCGAUUGCAAGAGGUAAUCAAGAGACUCAAAAUAGAUAUGACGAAUCCUUUGCCCAUCAUGCCGCUGACCGUCUAAUACUAACAGGAUAAGUGUAAGACCAUAAACAUAAAUAGUACUUAAAACAAUAAAUUGUUCCUUAUUAAUAAAAAAUUACUGGCUGAU